ACCUCCCUAGUCCCAGUCUCUCAUCCAAGAGCAAAAAAUCUCGAAUGGAGUCAACAGAGCUGAAGAUGGCAGAAAUCGAGGAGAGGAAGUAUUCCGAAGAUGGCGAGGGCUCUGCUGUAGAAUCUGGCAAACCUGAAAAUGCGGUUGACCUCUCCUGUAUCCACUGGGGGUAUCUAAACUGUGUGCUAGUGGUCGAUCCUAGCAGAAAAGCCAAGGACCUACAGUGGAAGACAUAUUGGGUAGACCUUUGUGGUUCAACCUUGAGAUUUUAUAGGGAUUUAUCAUUGCCUCCUGAUACAGCCGAUUACCCCCCACCAACUAGUGUAGCUGGGCCUACAAAAAAUAAUGAUAAGAAAGAAGCAUUCUUGAUGCUGAAGAAAGGAGCCUCAGUAGAAAUAACGGGAUAUGAAGAGUACAAGGCAAAGAAAAGAAUAAAGAAAGGAGAAACCUCCCGGGCAAGAAAUAACUUGUUCAAGCUCCUGGUCACAAAAACCCCUGGAUCCCCUGUAUACUACUUCCAGGCACCAUCUAAAGGCUCUAUGUAUAGAUGGAUCAGCAAAAUAGAAGAGGGAAUCGACCUUGCUGAUACUCCGCAGAGCAACUCCACAGUGGACAAGAGGCUUCAGGAUGCCAAGAUGCUGGCAGUUGAGCAGAGGAGGUACCAUCUUGCACCUGAGCUAAAGUACUCUGAAAAGGAUGAUGAAGAUUCUGGCAUGGAAGGUGAUGUUGAAGAGAGUUUUGAAAUCGUAGAAAAGCCUCCAGAACCAGCUAUUAACCCAAGACUUGUAAAACUACAGCAUAAGCUGCGAGCGAAAGAAUGCGAGUUAGAGAUGCUUGAAGGACAGGAACAGGCCUUUCUUGGCAGCAAUACACGAUGUGAACUGUCUAAGGUUUGCGAAUUUGAGGCGACGACGAAGGAUGAUUACUACCUCGUCCUAGGCCAUCCCUCAACACUCAUACCAAAGAAAACCAAACUGAAAAUUCUUGGUCAGUUGUCAAAUAGACGAUGGCGAUGCUUUGUUGACCUUCCAAAAGCUUCAGACAUUGCCAUUGUCGACGACACGGGAAGCGGUCCUCAAGAGAUGGUGUCCAGGCGAGAAGUCACCACGGAAAGUGGUCCUGAAGAGAUGGUGUCCAGGCGAGAAGUCACCACGGAAAGUGGUCCUAAAGAGAUGGUGUCCAGGCGAGAAGUCACCACGGAAAGCGGUCCUGAAAAGAUGGUGUCCAGGCGAGAAGUCACCACGGAAAGUGGUCCUGAAGAGAUGGUGUCCAGGCGAGAAGUCACCACGGAAAGUGGUCCUGAAGAGAUGGUGUCCAGGCGAGAAGUCACCACGGAAAGUGGUCCUGAAAAGAUGGUGUCCAGGCGAGAAGUCACCACGGAAAGGCUUAUCGGGAGUGUUCCCACUAGUUUGCUCGUGGAACUCGAAGACUUAUCAAAAAAGAAGAGAACUUUAAAGGUCGAGACAGGAACUCCUAUGAGCACACCGGGUGUGUCGCCCCACCCUUCCCCCCCACUGUCACCGUACUCUCCCCACCGCCCCUCGGAUCAGACCAAUCAGCGUGACGCUUCGCAAGGCGAACAGGUCGUCGAAGACUUGAGGCGCUUUACAGGAAGGAUAGCUCCCCCAGAUCAAGACGCCUGGGAACAAUUCUACCUUCCCUCCCCUCCCUCGUCGCCAGACACUUCAAGGUCGACCUCCCCAUCCCUCUCUCCCUCGCAAUCUUUAGAGGCGCUUGACUCACAGGAAUCCCAGAAGGAUGAUAGACAUUCACUUGAAUCAGAUGAAGUACCUGUGACGUAUAUUGGCGCAGAGUCUGGAGAGGAGCCCCCUGAUGAAGACUUGGAACCUGAAAACGAGUAUAGGGAAGUCACUGCUGGGCGGGAUGUGAUUGUGGCGGCUGCGAAACUGGACAGUUCUACAGAUGAUCUUGCUGAUAGCCCUGAAAGUUCUUGCAAGAACUACGGCUUUGUGGUGACCAAAAAGCUUCGGCAACGAGGCAUCAGUUUGAUCGUCGGCUCGUCUAGCUCAGAAGACGAGGAUGACGACGGAGUGGACACAAUAGCGAAAAUAACGCGAAGGAAACUGGACGAAGAAUUUGAACGGUUCUCGUACCCGAAGGAAAACACCCAAUCCGGCGUGAGGCCGUACUCUGCGUUUGUGCCUCGGAAGAAAGCCUGUAUCAGCUUUGGAAUCAGUGCUAAGACCACGAAUCUGCGGUUAGCCACGACCGAUGAACUCCUCAAGGAUUACGCCUCGCCUUUCCAACAAACGCCCCUCAGCCGCAGUAAGACGUUCGACACUUUCAAUGCACUUAGAGAAUUCAGCACGCCAGAGAAUUCCCCGCCAUUGAACAGACGUCGGACGAUCCAGAUGACGAGAAAUAACGAAGGAGGGUUUGGCUUCACUCUUCAGACUUAUGGCAUUGUGCAACAGAACGGCGAAGUAGAAUUUAUGACGUUUGUACUGGCCGUGGAGGAGGAUGGACCUGCGUACAUGGCGGGCAUGAGACCUGGUGAUAUAAUCGUCAGCGUUGAGAAUCGCGACGUGGAGGAGGAAGAUCAUCGUGUCCUCGUCUCACUUCUCCAGGAAGCCCCAGUCUCGAUUAGGCUUGUGGUUGUCUUUGUGGACGCAAUCAGACGAAUGCAUCUCAAUACAAGAAUCAAGGUGUUAAAGACCGAGCUGCAAAGCAAAGAAGAUGAGUUUGAAGCGUUGUGCAGGAAGGAGCAAGAGAUCUGCCGAGGUUUAAGCCACUGCAUCUCUAUUGCUGAUAUUCAGCCGAUGAGACAGACUCACCCGCGGCAGAACCCAUACAUGUACACGACCGAGCUGACGAGUUCAUUCGCCAAGGAUUCGCCUAACGUUCGUGACAGCCUCGUGCAGUACCGACAGCAGCCUCAACAACGAACAAGACCUGCCUCCUUACCCGACCAAUCCGAACUCUCUAAACAGGGCCUCGCUUGCACUACCGGUACUGAAAUGCUUGAGACCUUUGCUUCCUCGCCGGAAUUCGCCAAGAAAAGUGCGAGUUUGAAGCUUCAGAAGAAGGUCAAGAAAGCGCGGCAAACUUCCACCACGUUUAAAACAUAUGUUGAGCUUGAAAACUAUGAUAACACUCCACUUGUUGACGAGAUUGGAAGUACUUUGUCUGUCAGUAGUAGUAACAGUGAGUCGUCAAACAGGUUAUCCUGGCCUGUCAGUCCAGAUGACGUAAUGACAGCAUCACCAAAACGUCAAGCUAAAUCAAAGAAAAAGAACGACAAGUCACCCUCAAAGAACAAUAACCAAACAAACCGGAAUCAAGGAAAUACUGGAAUUACGGAAAAUACAAAAUCACCAAAAAAGACGAACAUUGAUGCAACAGUUCCAAGUGAUUCUUCCGUUUCAGUUGUAAGAGUCUCAUUGCACUCCGAAUCUCGAACUUCUAGCGUUACUCGGAAUACACUCAACGGAUCUGGCGUCAACGUGAGUGUAGGGACACCGAGAACUAGUAGUACGACACCUGAGAAUACGGCCAUUCAACCAGGCAUUGUAUCUCGACUCGCUAAGGCAUCGCCACAAUCCGCUCGGACCACGCCCAUUUCCGCUCGCUCCGAGUCCCUCAAGGACUUGAGCACCAGGGGUGAGGUCGCGAGGGUUGUGUGGCCGCCACGUGACGAGUGCAAGGCGAGUGAGAGGAGCGACCCGCUAUGCUCGACCGAGCCUAGGUACAAUGCCAAGCUAGCCGAGGAUUCUAGCCAAGCUAGAGACGAGUUUCAAGGUAAAGAACGAUCGGAAUCGAAUAUCUCACAACUGAAACGUUUAUUUGAAGGCUCCGAAACGCAGGAACCUAUGGGUGAGCAACAAAUGGCUGAAGAAAUCAUCCAUCCGUCCCGGGUAGAAACGAAGAGUAGUAGGCCACGGCUAGGGUCUCGGCCCGAGUCCUUCAUGCUUGCCAUGGACGCCGCGGAAGACUGGCAACUAAUACCAGAGAAGAACCGAAAGCACAGGAAUCCCCACGAAAGCACGGCGUAAUUUGGCUUUCUUUGUGGGGAGAUCAUCUUUAUCGCUAUAUUUUUUUAAUCCAUAGCCAUUUUUCGUAGCAUUGUUCUUCAUGAGAAUAUUUUUACUUAUUUUCUAAAAGACAUUGUAAAUAAAUUGUCACAUUAUAAGAUAUUUUCUACCGUGGGUUACAGAGAAAAUCGACAUGACGAACAAUUCCGACGAGUAGGCGACCACAAUGUCGCACCGCCAAAGACCCGACGAACAAUUCCGAAAAGUAGGCAAUCGCUCUGUCGCACCGCUGAAAACCCGAUUACACGACAAACAAUUCCAAAAAGUAGGCAGUCGCUCUGUCGCACUGCCGAAAACCCGAUCACACGAACAAAUCCGACGAGUAGGCGAUCGCUCGGUAUAUUCCGAUUAUUUGAAGCCCUGCGGGCCUGUCUUCUCCAGCACCCAGGGUAGUCAUUUUCGGAAGAUAAUUUAUAAGGAAACUAAAUAACAUAAAUAUAGAUAAAAGAUGGGGUUUUCUGUGGCGAGUAUGGCUAAAGUACACCAGCAGACUGUUUUAUGAUAAAAUAAUAAUUUCGACGUUUCCCAAAAAAAUGUAUGUUUUUAAAAUGUUUUUAUAACGUAAAGAGAACUUAAGGAUAAACAAAAGCAAAUUGGGCAGUAAAUGAAUUUUUAAAAAAGAAAAAUUGGAAUAAUAUAAAUCGCCCAUUAUAACAUUUCCAGCCUCAUCCCCAGGAGCAGUGGGUAAUUUUCAACAUGGCGUCUUUUUCAAUGGCCACUAUCAGCUAGACGCCAUAUUGAAAACUACCCAGAAGACCCUGGGGACGUGGUUAUAGCGUUUUCGUCCAGCGCUCGGCGGUUGUUGCUGCAAACGAGCCUGUUCAGACCCCCAAUGAACUAGUCAACAUUAAAACGUUUGGAACUGUUCUAA